AUGCACAUGACUAUUCGACAGCUCCAGUAUUACAACCCAGCACACAAGCUCGACGUUCCGCUUCUAAAGUUCACGCUAGCCAACGUGCUAAAGGCACUGUCGUUCUUACACGACGAGGCUAAGGUCGUACAUACAGGAGAUUCCCACUCCGGCUUUAUUCAGCCUGAGCUAUACCGUGCACCAGAGAUAAUUUUCCAGAUGGAGUGGGACUCCAAGGUGGACAUUUGGAGUCUCGCCACGUUGGUGUGGGACUUGUUUGAAGAUGAGCAUCUGUUCGACGCCCGUGACACCGAGGGCAACCCAUCAGGGACACAUCAUGUUUCCGAAAUGGUUGCAUACCUUGGAAUGCCUCCGCUUGAAUACACACAAAGCAACGACAUAACAAAGAUUCUCUUCGACAAGCAAGGACACUGGACGGGUGGCUCCAAGAGUGUACCUAUUCCUAAGAUCUCACUCGAGGAAAGAGUCUCUGCGCUUGAAGGGGAGGAAAAGGAAUUGUUUCUCGAUUUCAUACGCUCGAUGCUCAGAUGGCGGCCGGAAGACAGGAAAUCGGCGACUGAACUCCUGAAGCACCCAUGGAUGGCCGACAUGAAGUAG